UGUUUUGUUGAAAACACUACCAGUAUUUACAUAUUGUCCUCAUUUCUCUUGAACAUUGAAAUGUUUUACUUUGCGGUUCAUUCAAUAUAAACUCGAUAUUUAAACUGUAUCUCAGUACCGUUACAUACGGACUUUCAUUUAAGAAUUUGUUGUCCCAGUGAUUGUUUGUGUAACUUUAAAUUUACUUUUUAAAAUGAAAGCUAAAUCAGGUUUAACGAGAUUCCACAACUGUAAUAUCCUUCGUGGUGGGAAAAUAAUCAAGGAAGAUUUAUGGAUACGCGACGGUAAAAUAAUUAACCCGGAGCAAGUUUUUUACGUUGAACAAGCUGAGGCCGAUACUACCAUUGAUUGUGACAAUUUACUGAUCACUCCAGGAUUUAUUGACAUACAAAUAAACGGUGGUUGGGGUAUUGACUUUUCAUUUGAUUCUGAUGAUGUUGAAAAAGGAGUGUACAAAGUGGCUAAGGAACUUCUGGCUCAUGGUGUCACAUCUUUCUGUCCAACAAUGGUGACUUCUGAUAAAAAGAAAUAUGCUUCAAUUCUUCCUCGGAUCAAGAAGACUCCAGGUGGUAAACAUGGAGCAACAAUACUUGGAGUCCAUCUUGAAGGACCUUUUAUUAGCUUAGCAAAGAAAGGUGCACAUUCCGAUGACUAUAUUAUUAAUCCAGACAAGGGACUAGAAUCACUUCAUGAAGUCUAUGGCUCCCUAGAUGAUGUUAUAAUUGUUACCCUGGCUCCAGAAUUACCGGGAGCUUUAGAUGCAAUCAAGGGACUAACAAGUCUUGGAAUAAAAGUUGCUCUUGGCCACUCCACGGCGAAUCUGGCAGAUGGUGAAAAAGCUGUCAAAUGUGGAGCUAAUUUGAUAACACAUUUAUUUAAUGCAAUGCUUCCAUUCCACCACCGCGACCCGGGUCUUGUGGGCCUUCUAGCUACUACAACUGAGAAGCAAGUGUUUUAUGGUAUUAUCUCUGAUGGCAUUCAUACGCAUCCGGCGGCGCUUCGUAUCGCAUGCAGAACUAACUGUGAUGGUUUAAUUCUGGUAAGUGACGCGGUGGCGGCUCAGGGGUUGCCUGACGGCACUUACUCUAUCGGGCCGAUGUCCGUCAGUGUUGAGAAUGGGCGCGCCUACGUCGUCGGCACCAAGACUCUCUGCGGCAGCACUACCGCUCUCGACGAGUGCAUUAUUAAAUUUAAAGAAGCUACAGAUUGUUCCCUAGAAUAUGCGCUGGAAACAGCCUCAUUACAUCCAGCUAAAGCUCUCGGUAUAGAACAUGUUAAAGGUAACUUAAACUACGGCUGUGACGCAGAUUUUGUUAUCAUGGAUCCGAAAACUCUUAAAGUCCUAUCAACUUGGAUAGCGGGCGAAUGCGUUUACACUGCGACUAAAUGAUUUCUGAAUAUUCAUUUCUUAAUUACCUGUUUAGUGCUUUAUAAUAAAAUUUAUGAAUAGAUCAAAUCUAUUUAAGAUACAAAUAUGUGAUUACUUUGCUGAGAUAACCAUAUGUUCUAAAUUAAUUAUUCCUAUGUGAUGAAUGAAAUAAAUUUUUAAUUUACACAAAGUUAAAUGAAUAUUAUUAACCCAUGUAAUGGGUUUAAUUUAAGAGAAAUUAAUUUUACUUGGCACAAUUCUUAAACAUAGUUAAUGUACAAAUAUUGAAUUGUUCAUUACUAUUUAAACUUUGCCAUUGUUUAUGACUGACAAUGUAAUCGUUACC